AACGCCGCCUGCCAUUCGCCGGCCGUACUCUGUCGCGUGCGGUUGUCUCUACGCUCACCAAAACAUUAUUCGCGUGCAGUGAGAUUGCACGAAAAGUAAUCAACCUUGUUUGAAAAACAAAUGGCAUAGUGCAACCGCUACAUUAUAAACUUUAUUGGAAGUGAAUGAUUUAGUGAUUUUAAUAUUUCAAAGAAGUAUACCGUAUUGACAAAGUUGUAGUGCAAGUUUGCUUCACAAGUUUACAUUCCUUCUGAGUUUCGCACUUGGGGAAAGGCCUAGGAGCGUGACUAGUUCAGUGAAGUUUCUAUAAAGUGCAAGUCGGAGGCCGUCGUAGGAACCCGGCCCCGACAUGGAGAGCUACUUCGACAUCUCCAACGACUUGAAGGAUGUCUGGGACGCGGACAUCGACCCGGAGAUGCAAGACGUGUUGGACGAGGACACAGAGAUGAGCGACUGGCUCAUCGAGCGCAACUCCAAGCUGGGCGUGAUCCUCCACGACCGGCUGAUGACAGACGCGGCGCUGGGUGCUGCACCCAUCAAAACAGAGCACUCCUACAGCCUGCACUCCGAUGUGGAGUCCGCGCCCGCCUCGCCACACACCAAAGUUGACGACAUGGAAGACGAAUGUUACCCAACAAUACCAGCCAGCGCGUGGCGGAGCAGGCGACGGUCGAGUGACUCCCCGCUUCCAGAAGUGAAGGCUGAACCCAAGUCUGAGCCAGAGUCGCCCGCCUCCUCCUGCCCGCCCUCCCCCACUCCCGGCACGCCUGUCACACACGUCGACUACGUCAUUGACCACACGACCGGCACAAUCCACAUGCCACAAGCCGUGCUGCAGAAGGUGGGCGCGGCGCAGCUGCUGCUCUCUGCUGCACCACGCAUCGCCACCAAGCUCAGCACCAACAAGCUUUCCAUCAAAGUCACCUCCUCCGGCACAUCAGCAGGGUUCAACUUGCCGCCAACGCCGCCAUCUUCCCUGUCAUCAUCAGACAGCGAGGGCGCACUGUCGCCCGCUCACGAGGCAGCAACGCCUGCCGCCCCCGCGCCUCCCUCGCGUCGCAACCACCUGUACGUGUCGCACCACUCGCGGCAACCCAUCAACACGCCGCUCAUUAGCAGCCAACCGAAAGGAUCAACAGGCACACUCGUUUUAACAGAAGAAGAGAAACGCACAUUAUUGGCUGAGGGCUACCCCGUGCCGACGCGCCUGCCGCUCACUAAGGCAGAGGAGAAGUCGCUAAAGAAAAUCAGGAGGAAAAUUAAAAAUAAGAUAUCUGCACAAGAGAGCAGACGCAAGAAGAAAGAGUACAUGGACCAAUUGGAGAGGAAGGUAGAAAUAUUAGUAUCAGAGAACUCAGACUACAGGAAAAGGGUCGACUCCCUCGAGCAGACGAAUGCGAAUCUUCUGAGCCAACUAGCAGCUCUGCAGGCCCUGGUCACUCGGGGCUCCAGGAAGUGAGUGCCCAGCGAUGCUGUCGCUUGGCGUACACUAGCACAGGGACUUAAAUCUGCAGGAUACAACCCAACGGGCACGACGUCACUAGGCCGAGUUCCACCACUGAUCACCAUCGACAGUAGAAUUAACUAACAGUUUCUGAAAUCCUGGUCAAAUCUACGGUCAACUGAAUUUUGCUGUAGAUGCCUCUCAAAUGUUAUUUUACUGUAAGCUACUCUUUCAAUUUUCAUUUCGAUUAUAAUCUUGGUAUUUGUACAUUGAGCGAUUCAGAAACUGGUAACAUGCCUUAGAACCGGCGCACUAAUGUGUAUCUUCGUUUUUCAUUGAUAUCAAAAUUUUCUUUUUUUUUAACGUACCCUCUACAAACCAGUAAUUUAUUUUCUUAAGACAACAACAGUAUUAUAGCCGGUUCUAAGGAUUCAAAACUGAUGAAAAAAGCGGCUGUGAGAACUGAUUGAAAUGUACUCUCACAGUAAUUAUUUAUAGGAUUUAUAUGUGAAUGAAACAGUGACAACGACGGUGUCCCCACAAUGGAGUGUAUAUUUUGUCGAUUGUAUAUUUUGGAUGUAAUUUUACAUAAUGAUCACGAACCGUUGCGUAGGUAUCCAAAGGACUGUUAGUUUGAAUGGUUGCUCAUUGUAUUUGUUAGUAAAUCGUUACUUGUGGUGCUGGAUAUGAUAUACCUGCAUUUUGGUUUUAGGUAUACCAACUUUCGAGUGCCACAUUAGAUAUUUAUUUUUAAAACAUCUCGGCAUUUCCGAAAAUUUUUGGAUCGUGCUGAGUUCUAGAUAAAUGUCGCUAGGUAUUUUACGCGUGUUGUUUGAAAUCUCGUAAUAUAUUUUUAAUGGUUGCCGAAAGGCAUUGUUAGUUUUAAGUUUUAAAUUCUGCGUGUUUUUAUUAAAAUGUGCAAUUAGUUUUUAAGGAAUUUUAAUUGUUACCUCGCCUCGCGUCCUUUAUACGACCAAUCCGGGAUGCUUUCCAUUACAAAAAUCUUCCUUAGUAUUUUAUGUUUUUUUUUUUACGAUUUUUCAAGUUAUAACAACUGAUGUAGAUUGAAAUCUCUAUUCAAAUCUGAUGUAGGUUGAAUUCCCAAAAUAUUUGAAAAACUGAAUCCUCUGUCAAAAAUGACACAUUUGAUCCACAAGCGCCAUCUUGUAUUUUUCAAUGAAAUAAUGUUUUGUGACGUAAUAAAUUAUGCUGAGGAACACAGGUUUUACGUUGAGAGGCUUUCGGACUGCUCCUAUUGGACGCCUGGUUUAGCGUAAGCAUCGCUGGUAUGGCGAAGCUACGCAAUCUUCAUAAUAAUUUCUAUAGCUGUAUUCACGCUACUCUACUGUUAUUGGACUUAGAACUUUUUAUCGAUUGUUGUGAUUUUAAAAAGAGCAGUGGAUAGUAGGCAUGCAGUGAAACUGUUCAGUUUCCUCCAUAGCGACUAUUUGGAGACCGAAAUAACUACGUAUAUACCGUAUCAACGCGAUAGGGUGUGGUAUUGUCGGCUUUCACAGUAGCAUAAUAAUUAUUUAAGGCGUACGCACUGCGCGGGUCUUAUCUGUUAAUAUUGAAUUCCAUGAAUUUGCAUUUAUAGCGAAAUGUGUGUCGUCCUAGAGAUUUUAAUCAUGUAUUUAAGGUAACGUUUAGUUAUACGCAAUCUAAUAACGGACCUAAUUUAACCGAUAUAUGUAUGAAAAAAAUGUUUUUCGGUAAUGUCUCUAGUCUAUCGUAGAAUGUCGAGGCCUUUUUGUGGAGGCUCUCGGAAUGAAAAGAUUAGCUGUAUCCACUUCUGGUUAAUUGCGCUGUAGAUACAUACGGCGUGUCUAGCGAGUGUCUUGUAUAUCUGAUCUGACAUAUCUGACAUAUUUGCGAUUUCUGUGUCAGUAAUGUGUAAUAAUGCUGAUUUACACGCAAGAUGAACGAGCAAGCACAAGUGGAGACACGCCUUUAGUCGAGUACAAAUAAUGGCAUGCCUUCGAUGAAAAUAACGUAACUAACUCUGUACAACUAACUACGAAUAUGACAAAUUAUUGUUAUGAUGUUUACUAAGCGCCUAAUAUUUAUGAAUAGUUGCUUAAAUAAUUUCAGCCUUACUUAUAAAAAUUCCAGAGACCAUAUCAAGGCUUAAUUUAAUUAUCUCCAUUUUGAUAAUUAGCACUAUUAUUUGAAAUAAAUAAUUUUAUAAGUAAGGCUAUUUAUGUACAGAAUCUCCAGAAACAUUUUGUUUAGGGUCUUGCCAGCAUAUUAAGCAAACUUUAUCAGAAAUUGUGACAGCGGCCAAAUAUCUUAUACUAUUAGAUAUGUUACUAGUCUUAAUUUCAUUUAGUCUCAUAGUAAACAACGAAAGUUAUUUAAACAAAUAAUAUAAAUAAAUUUUGUCUACAAUCUUGAGGAAGUGUAAAAGCUAUAUACAUAUAAAUAUAUAAUGUAUGUAAACACCAAAUUGUGCAUGUGUGCGCUCAGUACAGUAUCUAAUACCAGAAUUUUCGCGGUGAUUUUGUAGGCAUGUAACAUAUCUAAUACUAUAAAAUCUUUGACAGCGGCCAUGUUUGUGAACUAACAUUCUUUUGUACUAAACAUUCCAUUUGUUUCUUUAGCGAUGAGUGACUUAAAGUGAGCUCGAGUACUUAUUAUCUAAAAUCUCUGUACAAACCAUUUACCUGUUUAUAUUGUGUAUAGUAUUUGUGUCUGAUAAUGAAAUCGGGGCCCACUUACGUGAAUUUGCAGUACGGCAAAAUAAAAAAAAUAUUUUGAGUUCAUAGGAAUGCUAUGAAAUGGAUUAGAUAGCAUUCAAAAGCUAAAUCUUUUGAUAAAUGAAAUCUACUGUUUGACAAAUUUUAAUAGAAAAUUGUAACAAUUUCUAGAAUUUCUAUUAUUUUUCAUACAUUAAUAAAUAUUUUGCCAUACUGUACACUUGACAGUGAGUUCCGUAUGUAAAGCAUAAUCAUUGUAGCAAUCGAGAUAAUUGUCGCUGAAAUUUUUCCGAAUUCCUUAUUUAUUUUAUUUGUAAAACUUCGUUUUCUGUAUAUUUUUUUUAUUUUUUACUUUAUCAAAGCGUUUUUGAGUCUACUUAAGUUUGGUUAAGGGCCUAUUUAUUUGCUCUGUUUGUGUCAUUCUAACUUUACUUUGGCAAAAUUUCUGCGACACAUAAAUUUUAUAUUUCAAAUGUUUAUUAUGUUUCAUCGGUAUAUUAUUCGUGUUAGUAUUUAUAUACUAUGUGUGCAAUUACUAUGUUCUCUUUUACAUUUUUAGAAGUUCUUCCUAUUUAGCUGUAAGAGAAUAAAAAAUAUAUUUAUAUCGCUAUAAAUAUAAUAUAUCGCUCCCGACACUGUGGGAUUUUUAAAAGAAUUUAUUGAGAUAUAUUUUAAGAGAUUUUUUCUAAUGAAAUUUUAGAAAUAUAUAUUAAAUAUUUAAACACUGUUUUAUGUGUCUGUACGUGUACUUGUAAGGUAUGUAUGUUACGAGUAGAUUAGCGUUAUAAGUUAGCGUAACUAUAAGGCCAUGCGUCCACUGUCGCUGUCGAAUCGAAUCACAUUCGAUAAUCGUUAAGUAUUUGUCAUUAUGUAAAAGUACGCGCAUAGACCAUAAAUGCAACGUUCGAUUGCUGCGUUUACGAGUUUUAUAACCGCAGGGAGUUUUAAUGAAUUUUAUUUCAUUUAAUUAUAUCUCUUUGAUUUGUUGUUAUUGCUAUGAAUGUUCAGGUAUACUUUUAACUUUAUUUACAGUCAAGCGAUUUCAAAUUUCGGUACGAUAAAGUACGCCGUGCUUAAAACACAUUGUAAAAAAGAUUAGGGUUGUAAACCAAGUAGAUAGCAUAUCUAAUUACUUACCUUAUUCAUAUACAUUCCUUGAAAUUGUAGUCAAGAUUCAAAAUUUAAGAUUAGUAACUUGUUUGAACAAGUAAAAAAACUGGAGAGAGUUUGCUUAUAAAUAUAUAAGCGAUUAGUUUAGGAAUGGCGGUUUUCUGCAAAAUGUCGAGAACCAUAGUGAACGGGAUUCGAUUCGACCUAAUGGACGUUUGGCUUAAAAUUGAAUCAUGGAAACAGCAAAGCGUGCCUGCCUAUCAGUUAUUGAUUUACCAUAAUAUAAGUAUCGAUUUAUCGAACGUAUAGUUAAAUGUAUUGUCGUUUUAGAGAAUGCUAUACUGUGUAAAACUAUACAUUAUUAAAAGAAAGUAUUUAACUUUUAUAUUAAUGUACCUAUAAUAUAUUAAUUCCUAUUAUGGCAUUUACCGUCUACAAAAGAGUGAUUGAACUGGAAACGAUUUAUAUAAAAUUACUAAAGUUAGAUGAUAAUAUAUUCAAAUUCGAUUGUUUGUUUUGUAUUUGCGUCCAUGUGAAUCGAUAGAAUCUAGUAAUCAAUAUAAAAGAAAUGCCAAACAAAUAUAUACACACUUCGCACACUAGGGAACAUUAGAAAUCCAUUCGAGAUUUAUUAUUAACUUUUACAUCCUAAAGAUUAAAUAAAUAGAUGUUAAUAAAUAAAAUUAAAUAGAUUUCCUCACCUGGUAAAAAAAGCCUUAUAACUAUUUGAUUAAGGUUACUUAACCAACGGCUCAAACUUUUAGUUUUUUUGAAAGCCCAUUUUCGUUUAGUUUAUUCCAUAAAGUCUCGAAUGGAUCAUACAAACAUGUUAUAUUUUCCAUAGACACUGUUAGGCCGUGUCGAUUUGUUAAUAUUGAGGUGUAAUUUUAUUGAUAGUUUUAUAUUUAUUAUAAAACUUAUCGCUGUUAACUUGAGUCAUCAUUUGUUGAAUCGUUUGUUUUAUUAUUAUUUUCCAAUGACAUUGCGGGUUUACUGUCGCCCUUGAGCUAAUAAAGCGUCGGAUAUUGUA